CUCGGUCAUAUUCCUCGUUUCCUCUCCCUUUCUUUCUUUCUUUUCCCCUUCCUUGCCUUCGCCAUCUCCAUGUCUUCAAUACAAUUCCAUCUCUGCACGCGGCGAGGCCCAAAACGAGGCCUCUGAAACUUCUGAAUCCCAAUUCCCACCCAUUCUUCAAAUUUUUAGCGUUCUAUUAAUACCCUGUUUUCUGCUGAAACAAGAACGAAAGGAAAGCCCUUUUUUGUUUUGGUCUUCCCCGAGUAGCACGGCAAGUUAACGGCCGAGAUGGAUCUGAAGAGGCUGCUGCCGGUGCUGCUCUUCCUGCAGUUUGGCUUCUUCUUCUUCGUCUCUUUCUCCUCUGCCAACCUGGUUUUCCAGGUCCACCACAAGUUCGCCGGCCGUGAGCGGCAGCUCAGCGCUUACAAAGCCCAUGAUGUCAACCGCCACCGACGUUUCCUCUCCGCCGUCGAGAUUCCCCUCGGUGGCAAUGGUGUUCCUGUCGAGGCCGGUAACCAAGUACAGGAAUUUAUUGGGGAUGGAUUCGAUUAUGGUUUGGAAUCAUUUCGUGAAUUUGUUCCAUGGAUACUGCAUUUUGGGAGCUCAUGUAAGUUUGGUCGCCCUUGAUGCAGCCUCUACUACACAAAAAUUGGACUAGGGACUCCUCCAAACGACUACUACGUGCAGGUCGACACGGGAAGCGAUACUCUAUGGGUGAACUGUCAAGGCUGUACCAAAUGUCCAACGAAAAGCGAUCUCGGUGUAAAGCUGUCAUUGUUUGAACCAGACAAGUCCUCUACUGCAACGAGGGUUUCUUGUGCCGACGAUUUCUGUAUUUCCACAUUCAGUCGUAUGAUUGAUGGCUGUAAAAAAGAGUUCCCUUGUCAGUACAGUAUCACGUAUGGUGAUGGAAGUGUGACUUCAGGAUUUUAUAUCAGGGACAAUGUUCAGCUUGAUCAAGUGACUGGGAAUCUUCAAACUGGAACCUUGAAUGGGUCUAUUGUGUUUGGGUGUGGAUCGGAACAAUCUGGUCAGUUGGGUACAUCUAGUGAAGCGCUUGAUGGGAUAAUUGGUUUUGGACAGGCAAAUUCCUCCAUGUUCUCUCAACUUGCUGAUGCUGGAAAAGUCAAGCGGGUGUUUUCACAUUGCCUGGACAGUGUAAAAGGAGGUGGCAUUUUUGCAAUUGGUCAAGUGGUCUCACCAAAAGUUGCUACAACUCCCUUAAUACCCAACCAGCCACACUACAAUGUGGGAUUGAAAGACGUUGAAGUGGGCAAUGAAAUUUUAGACCUUCCAUCAGAUAUCUUUGACACUGGAGAUAGAAAAGGAACUAUAAUUGACAGUGGCACAACAUUGGCAUAUGUUCCAAGUGCUGUUUUUGAACCAAUGAUGGCAAAGAUUAUGGCUCGACAGCCUGGACUGAAGACGCACAUUGUUGAAGAGCAGUUCACUUGCUUUCAGUACAAUGGAAAUGUCGAUGAUGGGUUUCCAGUGGUGAAGUUCCAUUUUGAAGAUAACCUCAAUCUGGCAGUGCAUCCUCAUGAUUAUCUCUUUUCGAUUCGUGAAGACGUGUGGUGCUUGGGUUGGCAGGAUAGUGGGCAACAGUCCAGAGAUAGCAAGGAUAUGUUCCUGUUAGGAGAUCUCGUGCUCUCCAACAAGCUAGUCGUGUACGAUCUUGAAAACCAAGUGCUUGGAUGGACAGACUACAACUGUGAGUAUACUCGAACUCCCGUUACGUUCUUAUUCAUGAUCCUGAAGAAACCAUUUACAGAACUAACUGCUGUAAAAAAAAAUGUUAUUGCUAUGUUUAGGCUCUUCAAGUAUCAAAAUCAAGGACGGGAAGACGGGAACAGUCUAUGAAGUGAGCGCGAAGGACAUCUCGCGAGCUUCCCAAUCGACAAAUCCAGUAAGACAUCUGACAUUUUUGUGGUUGUUACUAUCAGCAGUCUUGCAUAGAUUUGUAUGAUGAAAACUCAGAUAGUUAUUGGAAGACAAAAGAUGGCACGGUACAGCUGCAUUCUUUGGUUUUUUGCUUUUGUUGUACCAUAAAAGAGACAGAAAGGAAGGAAUCCAUUGAAUAGAUGUGUGGUUUUGUUGGUAUAGAAAGAAUUAAAUUUUACAGCAGGAUCACAAAGCAGAACUUGCUCGUUUUGUUAUUUUCUUCGUUCCCUUUUGUCUCCCAUUUUUUCAUUCCGCCUCUUUCACCAAUUUACUGUUUCUUAGCCGUCGGUAACUCCAUCUUUGAUUAUACGGAGCCUAUGGUAUGUAAUUUGAUCUUUUGUGACGAUACCA